AUGACACGGCAAACAGACACUAUUCAACCGCAGCAGUUGGCUGCGACCACGACGUCCGAAUCGAAGCAGACGCAUCACGAUUCCACCACCCCUCCGCACGGCACACAAGUGGAUCUCUCGACCACCGACAACGUCAAGCUCUCCGACUCGCAAUUCACCAUCCGAGAAGGUGGCUAUGGCUGGGUCAACGUCGUGUGCAGCAUCUUCCUCAACGCCGUCACCUGGGGCGUCAACACCACCUUUGGCGUCUACUUCAGCUACUACCUCCAGAACGACUACUUCACAGGUGCCACGCCCAUGCGGUAUGCCUACGUCGGUGGACUCUCGGUAGCAUCGUGCAUGCUGGUCGCGCCCUUUGUGAAUCUGCUCUGGAGGUCAACGGGAUGGUUCAAGACUCCGUUGAUACUGGGUGCGGUGUUGGUUAGUAUGGGUCAGAUCGGCGCUGGGUUGUGCAAGACGUACGUGCAGCUGUUAUUCACGCAAGGGUUUGUGUUCGGAGUGGGGUUGGGUUUGACGAUGAUCCCGACGCAGCCGUUGUUGAGUCAGUGGUUUAGGAGGAAGUUGAGCUACGCGCAGGGGCUGUCCGCCGCGGGGAGCGGAUUGGGAGGAUUGGUGCUGGCGAAUACUACGAGGUAUCUGAUCCAGGAGAAGUCGCUCGAGUAUGCGCUGAUCUGCAACGGCAUCGUCUCACUGGUCGUGCUGAUACCGUGCAUCACGUUGAUGAAGUCGACCGAGCCGCAGUCGAUGCGUUUCCUACCAGCGCGAUUCCGCAGCGCCAAAGCAUUCGAACUGUCACCAACGGCAGCAAAGAUUCGAAAGAAUCCAUUGGAACUCAAAUGGCUCAUCCAUCCAGGAUACGCCUUCAUCCUCCUCUUCGGCAUCUUCAGCAUGAUCGGCUACUUUGUCGCCAUCUACACCCUCGCCGCCUACGCAACCUCCGGUCUCGGAUUAACGCAGAAACAGGCGUCGACUCUGCAAUCCAUCCUUGCAGCGGGCCAGAUGAUCGGUCGUCCACUCUGCGGUCUCCUGCUCGAUCUGAUCGGACGUCACCCAUGCACGAUCAUGAUCCAGACGCUCGCUGGGUUGACGUGUUUUGCGUUCUGGCUACCUGCUAGGUCGUUCGGUCUGCUCGUGGUAUUCGCCAUCACCCAAGGUUUGUUGGGAGGCACGGUGUGGUCGAGCGUAGCACCGCUGUCCGCGGAAGUCGUGGGUAUCAGAGAUUUGCCUUCUGCGUUGGCGGUGUUCUGGUUGGUAGCAGGUGUCAUUCCGGGUCAGUUCGGUCAGCCUAUGGCGGUGGCACUGAUCAAUUAUAGUCGAGAUCAUCUGGGAAGAACGGGGCCAAAUGCGUAUCUCAUCUCGAUCGGUUUUUGUGGCGCUUGCUUCGUCAUGAGCGGCGUAUCGCUCUGCCUGAGCUGGCGAUUCGUCCGGUCGAGGAACAAAGCUCAGCAGCUGGAGAGUGCAGAGCAAACUGUCGAUACCACUUCACCUUCACCAGCGGCUUUGCAAACCCAGGAAAAAUUGUAG